AUGCCAGAAGACAAUAUGAUAAGAAUAAAAUCUUAUGUUAUAAAUACAAACUCUGAAAUCGGGAGAGGUUAGUUUGGGGUUGUUUACUCAUGCUAAGAUGUACAUUAACCAGAACUGAAAUUGUGCGCAAAGAUUGUAAAUGAAGGUUGUAAUAAUCCAAAAGCCAUAAGGGAAAUUGAAUUGAUGAAAAUGAUUAUGUUAUCGGCAAGGGGAAACAAAAACAUUGUCAGAGUGGAGCAUGUUGAUUUCAAUGAUGAGAGGACGGUACUCAUACUGGAAAAAUGUGAAUGCGAUCUCCAAUCAAUAAUUAAUAGGAAGAAGAGUCAAGUGGAACAGAAUUUUCGUCCUACAGAAGCUCUCAACAUACUAAAACAAAUUUUAACUGGUUAUAAAGGGCUCUAUUCCCAUAACAUUAUACAUAGAGAUCUUAAACCUGCAAAUAUAUUAGUCUUAGACGGGGUUUAUAAAAUCGCCGACUUAGGAUUGGCUAGAGUCAUUGAAGCAAACACAUAAAUGACAAGAGUGGGAUCACCAAAAUAUAGUGCUCCUUAAGUGUAUCUGGAGAAUUUCUUCACAAAUUCAGCCGAUAUUUUCUCAAUAGGCAUCAUUAUUUAUGAAUUAAUUUUUGGUGGAUUACCUUAUGUUGCUCAGAGUUAAAGUUAACUUAGAAGGGCUUUGAGAAAUCUACAAUAGGUCCCAGUUGUAGUUAAUAGAGAUCAUCCAGGAAUGACUUAAGAUUUUGCUACUUUAAUUGAAAGCAUGCUCAAAUAUAAAGAGGAAGACAGAAUCAGUUGGUAAGAACUACUUAAUCAUCCCCUCAUAUCAGACGGAAAUGCUGUAGUAGAUUAAUCAAAAUACAGAAUAAUACUAGAAAUUCCUCCAAAUUUGGAUGAUGAUGAAUCAGUUUAAGAGUUAUAGAAACCAGCUUAGAGUCCAGCCAACGAAUAAUAAUAAGUUCCUCCAGAAACUCUCAAACAAAUACAGACAUUUAAAGCUCCUGUUUAAUUUCCAUAAAUGGCUCAGCAACCCAUGAAUCCAAAUUACGUAAUCCCUCCAUAAAUCUAAUAAGGGAAGUUUACUACUCCCUCAAGAUUUUAAACAGCAGCGCCACCUUAGCCUUUAACUUUCAAUAUAGCAAAUGCAUCAGUCCCCGACAUCGGCUAACCAUUUCUAUUUUAAUAGGUGCAAGCUCAAUCUGAUUAACUAUAUCAAAUAGGAGUUGUUAUUGACUAAGCAUUACAUUCUUUAGGAAGAUUUGUAAACAUAUAAAUAUAGUUUAAAUAAGAAUGGCUUGGAUUGAAAUUGUACCUUCAUUACUAUUCACAAUGUUUCUUUGAACAUGCAAAGGCUUUGAAAUUAAAAAGUUAAAAUUAAUUUAAUCCUAAUUAACAAAUGCUUUACACACUUGCCAAUGUUCAAUAGGAAAUAGAGAAACAAGAAAGAUAUCAUUAAGUAAUAUCUCAGGAAUUGGAGCGAUACUAAUUACAUUUAAUUUAUCCUGUUUUGCCAAUAAAUCCAGAUUUUAAUAGUUACCUACAAAAAUUGAAGCAAAUUUUAUAGACUGAAGGUUUGUUCCAAUAUUCACCUGACAAACAAUAUUAUUUGGAAUAUUUAUAGUAAUAAUAUUAAUUGAACUUUAGAUCUUUAUACUUUUUUGAAAGACUCAAAGUAUAGAAAGAGUCAUUUGAAGAAACUUAUUCAAGCAUAUCGGAGACAUUUAGUAAUUAAAAAGUGGAAUCCUUCUUAAUAGAUUAUCUUAACAAGAGAUACACCCUAUGA